CUUAUGCGCAAAAUAUGCGCAGCUGUGAGAGCGCAAAAAAUAACUAGUUCGGGGACACAGUCCCCCAGACAAAAAAAGUUCACAUGCUGGGCUGGACAGCACAGCACACCGAGGACCAAGAUAGCUAUAACGUUACGAGGAUUGGGCGUAGUCCAAAGAAACCUAAAUUGGGCUGCAUUACAUCUUGAGGAGAAGAAGGUGCCUUCAAACCAAAAAUACGUUUUGAUAGCCAAACGGCGAGAUAAAUUGCUCAUAAUGGCCUCGGAAGAGCUUUAUGAGGUUGAGAAAAUUGUGGACAAACGGAAGAACAAGAAGGGAAAGAUGGAGUACCUGGUCCGCUGGAGGGGGUACGGAUACGAGGGGGACACCUGGGAGCCCGAGUCGCACCUCUCCGCCUGCAUGGAGUUCAUUCACCAUUUUAAUCAGUCACACGGCGAAAGACCGAGAGACGGCAGUUUACUGCGCUCCGCUCAAAGCUCUCCCAGCACGGCCCACAGCCACAGUUCGAGCAACAACGCCCGCAAACAGAUCUGCAGGCCUCAGCCACUCUGCGGCAAUAGUGGAGCAGGAGGCCACGCUCUAGUGAAACCCGCCUCGUCGCCCACCACAGCAGCUACGUCCGUCUACAAACGGCCGCAGCAACCACAGUUGCCACCACUUGACUCUAGCCUGGUAAAUUCCAAAACGGACACACAGCAGCUUAUCUUGGGCCAAAAGUACAGUGAUUGCACUCCCUGUGCCAUUUCUAGUCCAAGCUUCACAGGUGGAACCGCUGCUUCUCCAGUGGGCACGGCGCGUCGGAGUAUGGACCUGGCCAGGUCCGGGAUCAAAAUCCUGGUUCCCAAAAGCCCCAUGAGCAGCUGGGUGGACUCUGAAGAGUCGCCCAGCGAGGCGGCCCACAGUCUGGAACAGGGGGGUCAGGAGCAGGACUCUGUGCCCCCAGAGGUGGCCCUGUUGGAAAAGCCCCUGGGGUUGCUGCUGGGGCCCGGGGAAGAAAGGGCACGCAUGGGGACUCGGCCCAGGACUCAAAGCCAAAUCCCAUUGAUCCCUCAGCCAGUCCCCGUAACACCCACAUCCAUACGCACCCUCAAUGGGAAAGGUACAUCGACACUCAUGGAGGCUCUGGCAACCAACGGGACGGCUAACCUGCAGAGCGCCGUGGCGCGAGUAACCGCUGUCUCCGGAGUGGCGGGGAAACGGCGCUUCGAAGAGCAGCGCUCGGUCUUCGACAAGCGCCUUCGGUUCAGCGUACGGCAGACGGAGAGUGCCUAUCGCUACAGGGACCUCGUCGUCAAGAAGCAGGACGGCUUCACCCACAUCCUGCUCUCCACCAAGACCUCGGAGAACAACUCACUCAACCCCAACGUGAUGAAGGAGAUACAGAGUGCCAUGGCCACAGCGGCAUCAGACGACAGUAAGCUGGUCCUACUGAGCGCUGUAGGCAGCUUCUUUUGCUUCGGCCUGGACUUCAUCUAUUUCAUCAGGCGGCUCACCGACGACCGUAAGAAAGAGAGCAUCAAGAUGGCCGAGACCAUUAGGACAUUCGUGAACACUUUCAUCCAAUUCAAGAAGCCUAUCAUCGUAGCCGUGAACGGACCGGCGGUGGGCCUCGGAGCCUCCAUCCUCCCGCUGUGUGACGUGGUCUGGGCCAACGAGAGAGCCUGGUUCCAGACGCCUUACACCACCUACGGACAGACACCCGACGCCUGCGCCUCCGUCACCUUCCCUCGCAUCAUGGGCGUGGCCUCGGCCAAUGAGAUGCUGCUGAGUGGGAGGAAGCUGACGGCUCAGGAGGCCUGUGCUAAAGGGCUUGUCUCCCAGGUGCUGUGGCCCGGGACUUUCACUCAGGAGGUGAUGGUUCGCAUUAGGGAGCUAGUCUCUUGUAAUUCAGUUGUCCUGCGGGAGUCCAAAGCACUGGUCCGAAAUGCAAACCGGGCCGCCCUGGAGCAGGCCAACGAACGCGAGUGUGAGGCGCUGAAGAGAGUUUGGGGCUCCUCGCAGGGGAUGGACUCCAUCCUCCAAUAUCUGCAGAAGAAGAUAGAUGAGUUUUAAGGAAAGCAUGUAUCCCCCAUGUUCCUGAGCCCCAUUCAGUGGGGGAUCCAGACAAACAGCACUGGGAGUGCAACCGGUUCAAUCUGCAAUCUGUGUGAUUAAUUUUAUGUGUGUGUGUGUGCCCAUUGAGACGUUGAUGCUGGACCUUUAAAUCUUCCUAGCAUCCUGGUGACCAUAUGUUGACCCUUUACCCCAGUGUUUCCCAACCCUGGUCCUCCGGUAGCCCCAACAGCCCAACCCUGGUUCUCCAGUAGCCCCAACAGCCCAACCCUGGUCCUCCAGUACCCCCAACAGUACACAUUUUUAUUGUAACCCUAGACAAGCACACUUGAUUCGACUUGUAAACAAAUCAUCAAGCCCUCAAUGAGUUGAAUGAGGUAUGUUUGUCAAGGACUACAACAAAACUGUACUGUUGAAGGUACUGGAGAACCAGGGUUGGGCAACAAUGUUGGGGGGUACUGGAGGACCAGGGUUGGGCAACAAUGUUGGGGGGUACUGGAGGACCAGGGUUGGGCUGUUGGGGCUACUGGAGAACCAGGGUUGGGCUGUUGGGGCUACUGGAGAACCAGGGUUGGGCAACAAUGUUGGGGGGUACUGGAGGACCAGGGUUGGGCAACAAUGUUGGGGGGUACUGGAGAACCAGGGUUGGGCUGUUGGGGCUACUGGAGAGCCAGGGUUGGGCUGUUGGGGCUACUGGAGAACCAGGGUUGGGCUGUUGGGGCUACUGGAGAACCAGGGUUGGGCUGUUGGGGCUACUGGAGAACCAGGGUUGGGCUGUUGGGGCUACUGGAGAACCAGGGUUGGGCUGUUGGGGCUACUGGAGAGCCAGGGUUGGGCUGUUGGGGCUACUGGAGAACCAGGGUUGGGCAACAAUGUUGGGGGGUACUGGAGGACCAGGGUUGGGCUGUUGAAGGUACUGGAGGACCAGGGUUGGGCUGUUGAAGGUACUGGAGGACCAGAGUUGGGAAACACUGCUCUACCCAAUAGCCCUGGCCCGCCCGAAAUACCAUUCCACAUUACAGGUUCAACUAAACGUGGCCUAGAUUGAAAGGGAUGGAAGGAUUGGAGGAGGUGAAGACAUUGAUGAAUACACAAAGUAUCUUGCAUAGUGGGGUGUUUGUCCUACUCACCUCAGGAUUGAUUUGGAUGGGAUGUUGUAUCAACAUGGAUCAGAAUUUAUGACACAACAAAAGUUCACAUUGAAAACUUUGACAAAAACCUAGGCGACUUUCCAUUGUGGAGCCUGCAAUAAGAUGUAACUCUCUGAACUCUUGGGAAAACAGCGCCGCCCAGUGGAUGGGAGGCUUAUUGGAUUCUCCACAUUGACCCCUGUCAAGCUUUCCAUUCAAAACAGGAUGUAUUGCUAUUUGAACUGAAUGGAGGCCGGGAUUAAAUUUAAAAGGUGCGUUGUCGAGAAGUGUACUACACUUGACUUUUAAAAGGUCAUUUUAAGCUUGAGCCGUCAUCUGUAGCGUUCACCAUGAAUGCCAUCUUUGAACGUCAGGGUAACGGCCUUUUAAAAGACUCAUUGUCAACAGUGCAGUGCCUUAUGAACAGCACGCCUUUGAUUGAAUCCAGGACAGAGUAUGUCAGAUUAAUUUUUAACACAGCUCCUGACUGUAUUUUUUACUUUUUGUCUAACUGAUAUCAUCUGUAGAUGAUAUUUCACCCAGGUCAUCUUUUUGUUGUUUUAUUUGGCUUGGGGGACUGGAUUUUCCACCAAACAGUUUCUAUAGUAAACAGAUUUUUUUUGUUUUAAAUUAAGACUUUAUUACAAUUUAAUAUUCUGCAACUCCUGAUUUAUUCCAUCCAUGAAACAUACACGCAAAGGAGAGACAAUUACAAGAUUCUGAUACAAUGUUUAUGAAUGCAGUUGUGACGAGGCUAGGGUACGCGGUUCAAGGCUCAGUUGUGACGAGGCUAGGGUACGCGGUUCAAGGCUCAGUUGCGACGAGGCUAGGGUACGCGGUUCAAGGCUCAGUUGCGACGAGGCUAGGGCACGCGGUUCAAGGCUCAGUUGCGACGAGGCUAGGGUACGCGGUUCAAGGCUCAGUUGCGACGAGGCUAGGGUACGCGGUUCAAGGCUCAGUUGCGACGAGGCUAGGGCACGCGGUUCAAGGCUCAGUUGUGACGAGGCUAGGGUACUAGCUAAAAGCAGUGCCUUGUUCUUUACUCCAUUUUCUAAUGUCAAAAUGUGUUUCUGAUCUGAGGCGGUUAUCAGUGAGAAUAGCCUUUAAUCUCACCACUCAGUGCCAUGGAUAUAGGACUUUUGCAGCUUCAUCAUAUCUCACCUUGUUUUUUUGUUGUUGUUGCAUUGAGCAAAGGAUACUUCUAAAAUGCUGUGGAGGCAUUCUAUUUACAUUAGUCAAAACCCUGGGGGGGGGAAGAUGUACAGCUUUUUGAGUUUGUAAAACAAAACCGUUAUUCGCUUACAGUUUGUUUCUAUUUGUCUUUUUAUAUAUGAAUUCUGGCCUCACCAAUCAUUUGGCCAUAUUCCUUGUUUCACUGGAUUUAUAAAAGUAGCAGAGCUCGGGGUAACGGAUGUCAUCGCAAUAUCCCGAUAUCUGGACAACUGCUGUUACCUUCAACCUAUUUCGAUAAAGAAUUAUGGAAAAUGUCAUUAUUUAUAUUGUCUAUGAAUAUUUAAAUAUUUAAAGUGGAAAUGGUUUGGAUAAAAAUAGAGUCAUUGCUCAUGGUUUGUUUCACAGUUGAUUUUAUUUUAUUGAAAAGUGAAGUAUCUUCUCGGGGCAGUCUACUCGUGGACAUAGUAUGAUUUUUAGUUAUCACUUUCAGUUUUGGCCUUCGCGCAUAGAUGUAUAAAAUUGUUAACGCCGCAACUGCACCAGUCGGCUUGUUUUAUUAGCAUAUUUUUUUUCUUCUAGAAGGGAUAGAAGUCAGUAUUUCGGUUGGGUUUUUCUGUAAGCAAAGGUGAAGAGGUAUUGCGUAUCAAUAAGGCGAUGCUCUUUGUAAAAACAUGUCCUUUUGCUUAGUUUUCCCAAAUUGUGCCUGAGAAGCAUGUCAUACCUCGAGUGCUCCAGAGUGGCGCAGCGGGUCUAAGGCACUGCAUCUCAGUGCUGGAGGCGUCACUACAGACCCUGGUUUGAUUCCAGGCUGUAUCACAACCGGCCAUGAUUGGGAGUCCCAUAGGGCGGCGCAGAAUUGGCCCAGCGUCGUCCGGGUUUGGCCGGGGUAGGCUGUCAUUGUAAUUAAGAAUUUGUUCUUAACUGACUUGCCUAGUUAAAUAAAGAUUUUUUUUUUUUUUAAUUUACGUACUUCAUGUUUCACUGAAUGCUGAUUUGGAAAUAUUAGCAGGCGCCUUCAACACUUGGACCACAGCUUAGGUAAUGUAAUGUCCUCAACACGUUUUUCUCAUUGAAGAAAUGUACUGUAUUUAAAAAUAUAUAAUUUGUAGUGUGUUAACACAGCAUGAUGAUGAGGCUUGUCUAGUGUACACAGAAUUCACUCAUUCUGUUGAAAGAUUCCAAGAAGCGUUGUUGAAAUUGACUGCGUUUUUGUACAUCAACGAAAUAAUUUUUAAGUACGAAAUCCCAUAAUCCUCACUCUUCUGAAGAACUGUGUGAAAAGCCUUGACUCAAAUCCUGGUACAGCAUUUUUGCAUACAUGUGACCUAUUUUGUAGUUGAACUUAUAUAAAUAUACAUGCUGUACAAUCUGAA